AUGCCCUCCCUCCGCAACAUCCUCCACAAACGCGACGAGCUCAGCAAAGACCCCAAAAACGACCAACCAACAGCUCCCCCACAGCCUGAAUUCACCCUCAUCCGAACAGACACACACACUCAAGAGAUCCUAACCGCUCCCCCAGACCCAGCCCCAACAACUCCAAUCCUCCAAGAACCAGACAGCAACACCCUCUCCCCAUCCCCGCGCCGGAGCUUCCAGCUCUUCACACGCUCGCGCAAUAACUCGGUCUCCUCGCCGUCCCCGCCACGCCGUGAACGCCGCCUCUCAAACCUGCUCCACCUCGACCAUCGCAGUCGCAGUAACUCGCGUGACUCCUCUGUAAACAUCCCUGCGGAUUUACCGCAGAUUCUGGACGACGGAGGUGCAAGUAAGCAGGAGCGCGAGGCGCAGUGGGAGAAGAGGGCUACCGUGCUUGUUCAGCAGAAUCCGCAGUUCGGGAGGUCGGGUUCUGAAUUGGCGUUGGCGGGGAGUGGGAGUGGGCAUGCCAAUGAAGAUGUGGGAGAGGCUUCGUUAGGAUUGGGGUUGGGGAUUGAGAGGCCUGGGCCUGGAUCAAGGGGGUCAAGUCAGAGUCGCAUUUCGGUGGGGCCGGCUGAAGAUGUUAAUAUUCAAGAGGCAAUUCGACUGCAUGAAUCUGGUGAUCUUGAGCGAUCAACGCACAUGUUCGGACAACUUGCAGACGCAAAUAAUCCCCUCAGCCAAGUUCUCUAUGGUCUUGCUCUACGACACGGAUGGGGCUGUCCCCAAGAUCCAGCGCGCGCAGUAAAAUACCUCUCUGCAGCUGCGUCCAACUCAGCCGCAGUAGAAGCAGAGGCUCUGCGCGCCGGUGUCAAAAAGGGCGGGUCUGCAAAAGGAGAGCUCGUGCUGGCCAUGUUCGAGCUUGCCAAUUGUUUCCGCAAUGGGUGGGGUCUGGAAAAGGACCCUGCUGCUGCCAGGCAGUACUAUGAGACUGCGGCCAACCUAGGGGAUGCCGAUGCCAUGAAUGAAGUGGCAUGGUGCUACGUAGAAGGGUUUGGCGGGAAGAAGGACAAGUUCAAGGCAGCCAAGUAUCUCAGACUUGCCGAGGAAAUCACGGGCCCUACUGUUGGAAAUUCUUGGAUUUGGAAGGACAAAUAUAAUCCUAAAUAA